AUGGAGGGGUUGGAGGAAUCUGACGCUCCGCUUUCACCCAAAAGCCCAUUCGCCAGAAGAAACGGUCGAAGGUUAGUCUUUUUCACGCAUUGUCCUGUCUAUGAUCCCAGAAAUCCAAUGUUUCAUCGCUUAUCCGCUUGUCUAUCCUGGAGUGCAGCCAGCGUAGGAUGAGUGUGGUAUUACACACAUUCAAAGAACUUGAGCGAAGAGAUCGAGGGUCCCGCUAUCUAUCUUACCUCAAUACUUCAUGUAAUUGAUUGAAUGACUUUAUUUUGGAUUGGAUCGGUGAGGGAUUGUAAUGGGCGAAUAAACUUUUGAGCUGGAUAAUAUAGAAGGCAAAUUAUUGGGUUAACUGAAAUCCAGGGCUAGACAAAAGACCUGCUUAAGGUUUUUAAGCAGUUUUGAACCACUGCCAAUUAUCCGAUCGGACCCAAAGAAUACUAGAUUUGAAUUGAAACAGAUUGCGUUCAAGUCUUCAGACCGAUAGGAUUAUCCGGUCCGGAAAUAUGUAGAUAUACUGUUUUUGCAAAAUUUGUGAGCCUUUUGGGAUUCUAUCUCGCGGCCAAAUAAUCCGAUCGGUCUAAAACUGGGACCCGAGUUACCUCCAUCCAAAUCCAAAAAGCCAUCGGCUUUUUUCCCAGCUCUGCUGGAAUCUCAAAUUUUUCAGAACUUCCCUCCAGUUUUUAGCCUAGCUAUAGUCAAUUCAAACCCGAAGCCCUUCCUAAUGACAUUCGCAAAAGUUGCAGUCUCCGCAUCCAACGCCUCGUCGACUGCCAGCACUUUCAUUACUCAUCAGUCGAGUUAGGACCCGUCAAAGUGCUCAUAAUUGCCAUCAACACUGACGAGAAUGCGACGGAGCGGAUAAAAAUGCGUGUGGAGAGCGAAUCGAAUUCUUGGUGAGCGCUUCCUCCGCCUGUUUCCAAUUUAUCUUGCCCCUACCCCUUCCUUCUUUUCUUUUUUCUCGUGGCCUUUUUUUCCAUUUUUUCGCUCAUCCUUUCAAAUUUUCGGUUGAAAACACCAAAACCAAAAACAGAAGGAAAAGUCCCGGGAGGAUUGAAAAAAAGAAAAGGAGUCUUAGAACUAGAAACGUUUCCAUCAUUGAUUCAUCCAGGCUCGUCGAACGUUCUCGGGAGGAUUGGGCGGUCUUCGACAGACAGCUGCAUCGUUGUGUAUUCGAACGACGGCUCUCGCGACUCGAGGAGCUGUUUCCUCUUAUUCAUCUGGAAACGGCAAAGUUUGAGGUGAGGCGGAACAGAACUCCCGAAUCAGUCUGACAUUGAAUUACAGGAAGUGCUUGUCAAGUAUACGGACCGAUUAUCAGAGCUCACUGGAAGUAUCAUCACUUGUUAUCCCGUUCUCAAGUUUCUAGAGGUAGGUUAGAUGUUUCCAAGCUGUUUUUUGUGCCCGUAUGUUAGAUGUUUUCUCUUUUUUUUCAGAUAGAUUGUCGAGGAGGGCACUUCGAGCCAGCUGAAGAAACUUCGAUUAACGUGCCGGCGAUCGCAGCAGCUGUGGUUACCAAAGAUUUCGAGCCAACAGAUAAUACACAGCUUCGGCUACGGGUACGGAAUGCCAUUUGUAGACCAGUUGUGCCGGCUCAGAACCCAAAUCCUCAUUUACCUUCUUUUUCGAUCCCAGAGUGCUUGGCUCACAUUCCGUUUUCCACUCUUCCUCAGAAAUUUAAGCAGGUUCAUAAUAUUCAGAGAUGGACAAAAGGCCAGCUCAGGCCUUCCGACAUAGAUGAUAAAAUCUGGUGCAACGUGCACUUAUGCUUUCUGAAAGCUUUUUGAAACCGAAAAACCAAGAAUUCUGAAUGAUACCAUCGCUCUAAAACAUGAGCUCAAUAUACUUCAAUCCAAGUCCAAGAAUCCUGAAAAAUUUGGGUCCGAUCAGAAUAUGGCACAGUUCAGGCCUCAAAAAGUUCUUCGCAAAAACCAGGGCCGCCUUUUCCCUUUUGCCCAUCGCUGAUUAUAAUCAUAACAAUGUGACCUCACUGCAAGUUUAUUUUUGGAUGUCUGGGAUGGGAGCAGCUCUUGGAAAGUUGAGUAAACAAAAACAUUGAAGGUUGGUGAUAUCGUCUCUAUUACGGAAAUGUCAACAGGCAGCCCAAAUGAGCAAACAUUUUGGAAAGCCAAAUUGACGAUAUCGAACCAGAAGAUUGUCGAUCCGCAAAAUGCUCGACUAGGAUUUGAGGUACGUUUUUUUCUUCUUUGAAAAAUCGGAAAAAAAACAAUAAUUUAUCAUUUUCAUCGUUAUCAGAAACGCAUCUGUUAUUUAUGUAAAGCGAAAAUUGCUCUCUUAUCGCUUUCCCAUCACAUUUUUCUAGAAAACUCUUUCAUUUUCCUCUUUUUUCAGAUCGGCUACUUCCCACGCGAUUGCGUGAUGCUCAUCGACGACAAACGUCUUCCAAAUCCACUGAACAAUGACAGAAAAGCAGUGACAAGAAAUGCGAAACGGUACAUGGCGACCAUGUUCCGAAACCGAAGACGGGAGCCCAUAUUCGGCUUGGAACUAACCGAAUGUUUCAUGCGGACUGGAAGAAAAGUGCCGGUGAUAGUGGAGAAGUGUUGCGCAGCGAUUGAGGAUCAGGGAAUUGUCACGGGUAUUUAUAGACAAUGCGGAAUUCAGUCAAAUAUUCAGAGACUCAGGUAAAAUACUUUUUUGAGUUAGCUAGGAAAGAUGUUUUUAAUUAUUCCAGAGCAAAGUUCGACAGCGGCGCAGAACCAGAUCUCCAAGAGUUUGGCCAGAGAGACAUCUACUCGGUAUCUUCACUUCUCAAACAAUACUUCCGCCAACUUCCGAACCCACUUUUCACUUAUCAAGCCUAUCCGCGACUCAUUGAAGCAUAUGAAAAAGAAGAAGAAAAUCACAUGGACAAGGUGGAAUCGCUGAGAUUUGUGCUGGAAACAAUGCCGGAGGCACACUACAAAACUGCAAAGUUUCUGAUGGAACACUUGUCGAGACUGUGCCAAUCAAAAGCGCUCACUGACAUGACUUCGAAGAACUUGGCUAUUGUAUGGUCGCCUAACUUGUUCAGGUAAGUUCCGGGCCAUACACAUAACCAAAAAGUUCAUUCUUACCAGACCCCCACCGACUCUAAAUGGUGCUGAUGCUCAUCUCCUCAGUGGUCUCAACGUGCACACUGCAAUUUGUGAUUUCUUUAUUGAGAAUGCAGACUCCCUGUUUAUUAGCGACAUUGAUGAAGGUUUGCUCCCAUCUGUGUUGAAAACUUUGUUGUUUGCAGAGCAAAGCAAAUGCACAUCUGUCGAGAACAGUUUCACAACCAUUUCGAAAUCCGCGACCAUGUCCGACAUGCGCUCUGAAUCCGAAUCCAAGUGGCCCAGAUUCCUGCGCGGAAAAUCCGUUGAGGGAUUCUGGAAGUUCAAUAAGAAACAACAGACUUCAACCGGGGAGCUGUUUGGUUCCCCCACUUCGGAAGUGAAGUGGCGCAGGUGUGUUCGGAGGGCAGAGAAAGAGAAAUGUAUAAAUUAUUUAUCAGCAGAAGCACGCGCUCGCACUCCACUGACGCAACCUACCAGUCGUCUCGAACGGAUUCGUUUAUUCAAUUGAUGCACACCGGAAUGGAUCAACUUCGCGAGGGAAUGCGCAUUUUCCGUGCGAGAGCGAGGAGCAUGAGGCCCACUUCCAGACCACCACCAUCCCCGAGGACAAGAAGAGCUCGUUUCUCAAAUGGAAGUUCCAUUAAUUUGCAGAAGCCGGACGAGAAAGAAUCGCAGCAGGAUAUUCCAAUAGUCACCGCUGAGCCGUCAAUCACUCCUGAGCCGAAAGCCACUUUAGAACCGCAUCAGAUAAUGACCAGAACCGUGAGCGUCAACGACUCGGACGACCAGAGUUUUGAGGAGAAUGGACUCCGAGAGCUCAGAGAGCGAAAAGUGAUGUUCAAGGCGGCUACACAAGGUAAGUCGAGUCUUGCAUACAAAUUUUGUUUGUUUUCUUCGACAUCAAAAACAAACAUUGUGUUUUUUUAAAGGAGGCCUGCCACCCACUUAAAAACAAAUGCUCUAGCUACUUAUACACUGGAUAGAGCGCCAAAAGUAACAUCAUUUUUUUAGUUGACGAGUUUUCAAAAAAAUAAUUGGGCUUUGAGAUAUAAGUGUCCAAAUUUAAAGGGUUUUUCAAUUAAAAGGAUGUCUGGCUUGGAAAUUCAUGUUUUUUUGGUUCUAAACAACUUCAAUUUUCAGAGCAUGUAGCGCCAAUUCACGAGCGUUCGAGUCCAGUGGAAGAGUGGUCGAGUGACUCGAGAGAAAGUCUUCAUUUGGAAAUGUCUCGCUACGACAAUGUCUCGCCGAGUGGUACGAUAACUAGAAGUGAGUACAUAGUGAGAACCUUUUCCGAGUAGUACUAACUGACUCGAACGAAAGACGGAAAAGAGCAAACAGAAAACGAGACGAUUGCAGGCCAGCGUGAGCCGAUUAGCAACCUCUCACCGGCUGCUCAGAUGCUCUUCUUCGAGUCUUCCAGAGCCAGUCAACUGUUUCCAGCCUGA